CCGUCAGCGGGCGGCCGCGCUCCCAAGGGGACCAGCCCCGGGGCGACCCCAAGGCCCCGUGGCCGGAAGUCGACAGGCUCGAGGCGGAAGGGGCGGAUCCGGAAGUUUCGGGGAGGCGCCACGUCCAAGGAGGCGCGGGGCGGGCGCCGGAGCUGCAGCCGAGGCAGGGGCCCAAGCGGGGCCAGAUCGAGGCACCAUGGCCGACUGGGCUCGGGCUCAGAACCCUGGUGCUGUGGAAGAGAUUCUUGACCUGGAGAACAAGCGGUUGACGGACAACCUGGCCUCCAAAGUUACCAGGCUCAAAUCGCUGGCUCUGGACAUCGACAGGGAUGUGGACGACCAGAACCGGUACUUGGAUGGAAUGGACUCGGAUUUCACGAGCAUGACAGGCCUGCUCACGGGGAGUGUGAAGCGUUUUUCCACAAUGGCACGGUCUGGGCGAGACAACCGGAAGCUCCUAUGCAGUAUGGCCGUGGGCCUGAUUGUGGCCUUCUUCAUCCUCUCCUACCUUGUGUCGAGAGCAAGGACUUGAGCUGAUGGGAGCUGGCUUCUGUGGGUGCCUGGGGCAACCGAGGUCUCCUCCUGCCUAGUGUCCUGGGCUCCCGAGGACUUACCUACAACAUACUUUCAAAUGAUUAUUGUGUGUUAGGAGUCUUCUUCCUGUCAGUUUGGAAGCCAAGUGCUGUCUCUGAGUGAGCUCUUUUUGGGUGACCCCAGAGGUGCAAGAGGUUUUAUGCUUGGGAAAUCCAAGGCCUAGUAGCCCUUUCCACCAACCUCAGUGCUAGAGGUGCCAGCAAACCUAAUACACUUGUAAUUGCUAGCCCUUUCCCCGGGCAUAGAGUUUGGACCCUUCAGUGCUCCUCCGCCUUGUCCAGCCUGCGUAAUGCCACAAUCUGCCAUCUGAGGUGGCUAAGUGUGACACAGAAAAAAGGGUGUGACAUUGACCUCUCAACAGCUCCAUCUCCUCUGACCUUAGUCCUUAGCCCUGAAAUGGCAGUUCCUCCUUGCCAGGACUGCUGAACAUGGGCAAGGCAGUGUGAACAGAGGGUCCCACUUACAAACCUCUGUACCAUGGCAGAAAUUAGGCCCUUGCAAAGGGCAAGAGUUAUGAAUGAACACGUGGAUUAUAUCCUUGGCUGGAGCUACAUAUCCCGGAUACCCCUGCAUUGUGUGACUGUGUAUCCAGGAACAGAAAUAUAUUUUCAGGAUCUAUCUGUUACCAAAGAUGUGUUUCCAGGAGACCAAAACUCUAGAAACAAGGCCUACCUAUAUUUCAUUCAGGUAGGGUAUGGGACCUUUUAGUCAUCUAAACAGAAGGAUGUAGAUCUCCAAGGAUUCUUCAAAAGGACCCAAAAGUCAUCUCACAAAGGUCUCAGGACUGUUUUGCUUUCAUCAAGUCCUGCCUUUCCUCCCACAGCAAGUCUCCCUUUUCAUUGAGGCAGCUGUGAGCCAUGGCCUUUAUCUUCAGUUUGUAUAGAAUGCCCUCCCACCCAUCUUUCCCUGGCCCUCACUGCCCACUUGGCCAGCCCCAUGCUCACCCAGAGCGGCACCACCUUCCCACACUUCUCCAACCCUAUCCUGAUGUUAGCAUAGAUGUACAUAAGGCUGGACUGUUUUUUCUGUCUUGGUUUAUAUUUCCUGCCUCCUGGAACACUUGCCCCUUACUCCAUAAAGGCUAUAAAGGCUACAGUUUCAGUGUCCUACCCACUUGAACUGUCCCUCUAUGUGUGGUCACAUAUCAAAUGUCAGGCAUAGUCUGGUGCCCGUCAGCUCCUGAGUCCCCAGGACUGGUCCUUCGCACUGGUCCUUUUGGUGCUCCUAUUCCUCCCCCUCCAUCUGGCAGGCAUAGUCUCUCACAAAGCUUCCUUCUCUCUCCCACCCCACCUGGCUCUCUCCCUCAGAUUUCUGUAGGAGAAUCUACCACGCUGUGACUCUUCUAACUGUCCUAUCUCUCCAGCUUAUGCUCAUUGCUUACUCACUGUGUCCAUAGCUUUGGAGCUUUGCUAUUUCUUCCAGAUUCACCUUGCUCCUGGCUUUCCCAUGUUCUUGGAUGUUCAUUGUAGAUUUUCAUGGUCCUUUCCCAUUCUCCAGUCUCCUUGUACAUGCUGUUUAGUUCACAUAAAACCUCAUCACGGGGAUUUUUUACUGGCACCAAGCUCCAUAAACUGCUCUCCGUGCAUUGUCUCCAUGUAGUUGUCAUAGGUUCAUGUGCUUAUGCUCCAUGCCAUCUUUUCUUGGCCUGUAUAUUUCUGACCUUGACUUCUGAAACUGGCUCAAGUGUGGGAGCCAAACUACACCUUUGGAUGCUCUUACCAGGCUGUGCCCUCUCUUGCUGUUGCAGACUAUGAUAUGAAUUUAGUCUGUGGGGUAGCCACCUCACAAAAUUUUCUUUGCCAUAAUCUUUGACACCUUUGGUUGCUGUGUUCUCUCCAUGUGUGUUUGCUGCCCUCUUACCUGCGUAGCUCCUCUCAGCUGUUGUGAUGACUUAAGUGAUUAAGUGACCUGCGUAGCUCCUCUCAGCUGUUGUGAUUACUGGGUUUUAGUUCCUUUCUGGCUUUUCUGUUUUCUGUUCUCGUUGUGUCAGGAACAACGGUUCCAUGGUAGGGAACAGCAACUCUGCUGGUACUGUGUCAGAGCAGUUUCCUUUGGGACCUUCACCAUCCUUCCUUGGCCUGGUACACUCAAUGCCUAAUCCUGUGGAUAAGUGGAAUUUGCUGACUUUGGUCCCUGUGGCCAGUAAAACAAAAAAGGACUGGGUGCCCAAUGAGGACAGACUGCCAAGCUUUAUCCCAUAAUUUAAAGACAAGAUAUUUAAUAAAAUUUUUAACAACUAUAAGAU